AUGAAGUUUAUACUACUGACAUUAUGUGUUUUCUAUGCAAUUAAAUGCUCUUAUUCAUGUGAAGAGCAUUCAACUUGCGAAGGGUGUAUCAGAGACCCUAAUCAGUGUAUUUGGUGUGCUUUGGACAAUUAUAAUGACACUCGAUGUAGGUCUGCAGAAAAUUAUCUAGACUCCAAGGAUUGGUGUGUUGGCAACACAAUAAAUCCGAAUAGUGCCAUGGAAAUUGGUGAAAAUAAACAAUUUUCUUCAGAGGCUGGUCAAGUUAUUCAGAUAAAACCACAAAACGUUAAAAUCAAGCUUAGACCAGGUCAAAAAGAAAAUUUUGAAUUUUCAUUUAAAAAUGCUGAUAGUUACCCUGUAGAUUUGUAUUUCCUCAUGGACGGAUCGACAACUAUGAAAGCUAUGAAAGAUCAAACGCGAGACAAAAGUGAAAACAUUUAUAAAACUAUGAGGAGUAUGUCAACUAACGUACUAAUAGGAAUGGGAACUUUCGUGGAUAAAAACACUCUACCAUACACAACCCUAAUAAACAGUAGUUUAGCGUACUCCUUUAGACAUCGCUUAAAGCUGACACAUGACUUUAAAAAAUUUCAAAAUGUAGUCAAUAAUACAGAAUUUGGUUUAAACUAUGAUACCCAAGAAGGAACAUUAGAUGCGCUUGCACAAGUAAUGGUGUGUAAUGAUUUAGUUGGCUGGAGAAAAGAGUCGAGAAAAAUAAUCAUAGUUUUAACAGACAGUACCCUUCACGCAGCAGGGGAUGGUCGUUAUGGAGGAAUUUCUCAACCUUUUGACGGAAAAUGUCACAGCGAUAAGGGUUAUUAUUCUAAAGAAUUAGAACUAGAUUAUCCCUCUAUAAGUAUUAUAAAUAAACUAGCAGCUGAUGAGGAGAUUUCUGUUAUAUUUGCUGUUAAUAACGACAAUAAAAAUACUUACAAAACUUUAACUGAAGGCGUGUCAGGAUCAAAAUGCGUAAGUUUUGAGCAACCGAACGUUGAAGAUGGUAUGCCGACCAUUCUAAAAACGAUUUAUAAGGACAUAACAAGCCAAUUAAAAUUAAGAGUCAACAUGAAUUCAGAAUACCGGGACCAUUUUAAAAUAUCUUUCAAACCGGAUUGCAUUUCAAGGACCACUAAUUCACUAAUGUGUAAAAUGAGUCCGGGAGGAGAGAAAAAGAUAAAAGCAACUAUAAAACUGUUAAAGUAUUUCUCUCAUAAAAAUAUCAGUAUAGGUUUGGUAAAUGAAGGGAUCAAGGAACAACUGACUAUAAACGUUGAAAUUAUUGACUCAUGUGAUUGUAAACGCGAAGAAAAUUCGAGCUUGUGUUCGUCUAGCGGUACUAAAAGAUGUGGAAUAUGCGAAUGUGACGAGGGCAGUACUGGGGAUAUCUGUCAGUGCAAAGGCAAUAUCGUCAGUUUGGGCAACGACACUUGCCGUCAACCAGGCUCUCACAAAGUUUGUAACGGAUUAGGUGAUUGUGUCUGCGGAUCAUGUAUAUGUAAAGAAAGGUUCAAAGGUAAAUUUUGUGAGUGUAACGAAGACAGCUGCCCGAGGGGUAUAAACGGGUUCAUAUGUUCGAAUUUAGGGACAUGCGAUUGUGGCACCUGUAGAUGCAAUUACGGUUGGUCUCGUUCCGACUGUUCGUGUCCCACCUCUGCAGGCCCCUGUUCCGAUGGAGAUGUUGUAUGCAAUAAUCGAGGAAAAUGUGAGUGCGGAUUGUGCAAAUGCGAACCAAUACCACCAUGGGACGCUCGCAACGAACAAAAUCAGCAUUGUCACAUAUCACCAUGCCCUUCAUGCCACAUUCCACAAUGCCACCUCCUAGAGCCAUGUGCUCUAUGCCACCUGAGAAAGGAGAAAUGUGACUGUGAUCACCUUAACGUUAAAGUCAUGAGCAAUAUUACGGAGAGUUGGGCGAAAUGCCUAGACGUUAGAGUGGAUGUUGGUUGCUAUACGCAGAUGGUGUAUCGAUAUGCUACAGACCGUUACGGUAUAGAUGUCAUUAUACAGUCGGAAUUGAACUGCGCUGAAAGUUAUUUUACACUCGGAGGAAUCGUCUGUGGCAGUCUAAUAAUACUUGUGCUAUUAUUAAUAAUAAUCUGGAAAUACAUAACCAAACGGAGAGAUAAGCAAGAAUAUGAGAAGUUUGAGAAAAAAUUGCAUUCUGAAAAUUGUGAGAGCCACGAGAAUCCAAAUUAUCAGUCUGCAUUUAAACAGUUUGAGAAUCCUACAUUUGGAUCGGAAAUAAAUUAA